AUUCAAAUUAGGAGGUGAGUAGCAUUAUCAUCAUCAUCUUAAAAUCAAAAGAAAAAGAAACUAUGUGGUGGAGCUGAGCUCCAACUCCAAAACCUUUCAACAACAACAAAAAUGGCGCUACAAACACAAUUCGUAUCUUCUCUCUUCACCACCAACACACCACCCUCUUUCUCUCCAAUCCUCACUAUUAGAUCAGAAAAGCCUUCUGAACCGUCCGAUUCAAUUCCAAAAAAUUCCGGUGUGGGUUUUGGACCAUCGACGACCAAAAGGAAACAACAACAGAAGGGGCAAAGAGAAAGAGCUUCUUCCAUAAUUCGGCGUACUCCAAUUGAAAAACCCGCUUUCGUUUCUGAACAACCGGUUCAACAGAAUAGCGCAAACGAAAACGCUUUUGUUAUUGCAUGGCUUGGUUUUGGUUCUGUUAUUCUUGUUGAGGGUCUUGCUCUUGCAGCUUCAGGUUCGGUACUUUCAUUGAGAAAAUUCAUGAUUAUUUCCAGAAGAAUGGGACAAGUUCUUUGUUAAGUAUCUCUAUCCAUCUUUUACUCCUACAGUUUUCUUGUUUGUUGCUGGAGCAGUAGCAUAUGGUGUGUUAAAAUAUUCGCAGAAUGAGAAAGCCACGGAGCGGAAAUAGCGUGUUUGAUGUUAAUAAUGUUAGAAACCUGAUGUUCCAACAGGAAAAAACUACCAUGAGUAACAAUGAUUGCAAUCCCUUUUCUGUAUUUGAUUUAUCAGAAUGGAAGAUGACAAUGAUGUGUGAACAAUUUCUGUUGGAUCCUAAUCAGCAACCCCUUAUGCCAUUAUAGGUUCAAAGAUUUUUGAAAGAGAUUCAAUCUCAUGUUGUAAUUAAUUUGAUCACUUGUUUUUUAGCGGCUAUGAAACUUUAUAUCUUGGUUCUAUUUGGAUUUUGAACA